GUCACUAACUGCCUUGUUUCCUCUGCUUAGAGAAAAUAAUUCCAUCAGCAAGACAAUGCGGUCUGAUGAUAUUUCAGACAUAACGAUAACGUAGGUGAGUGAUUAACUGCACAGUCAGCAUCCCCAACUCGCUGUGCGUUUCUGGUCCAAAAUACAAAUGUUUUAUUAAGUUUCUGACAUGUAUAAGUCUCAACCCCACUGUUUUGUAAGACGCUCAGUUGCUUUUUAUCAGCAUAAUGAAUUAUGAAUUACUGCUUAUGCAAUUAUUCGAAAUGAUAAAUUGAAAGUGAUUGAUCUCGUCCCCAAAAAACGUCUGUGAAUGAUGACAUUAAGGUCACCAAAGCGGUCCUCAGUGGAAACUGCGGUAGUUGUACCAGGCGCAGGCUGUUAUUUGGCUAUUGGACUAGCGCUUCUCGGAGCGCCGCCUUUCAAAGCGGGGCGGCAAGGAGUCGGACCUUCAGUGGGAGCAGCCCGUCAGUCCCGUUAAGGGUCUGAAGAACACCUCGUCUGAAGGACAUAGGAGACCCUCAGAAGCAUACAUUUAUUCUGGAGAAUAAGACGGGCGAUGUCCAAGGUCAGAGCGUAGCUGAGGAGGUGCGGGCGCAAUGGGCGAGACGGAGGAGGAGCGCUGCUCCCGGGCGGCGCAGCUCUUCGAGGAGCUUCUCCAGGCCUCCACCUGCCUCGACACCCUGCAGGCCUUUGGCGCCCUCUGCAGACAUCUGCAGCUCGACCCGUUGGACCACAGGAAUUUCUACAGCAGGCUCAAGGCCGGGGUCACCUCCUGGAAAGCCCGGGCCCUCUGGAGCAAGCUGGACAAGAGGGCGGCCCACAAGGAGUACAGGAAAGGGAACGCUUGUGCGGGAACUAAGUGCCUGGUGAUCGGUGCAGGCCCCUGUGGUCUGCGGACGGCCAUCGAGCUUGCACUUCUAGGAGCUAAGGUGGUGCUGAUCGAGAAGAGGGACACCUUCUCCAGAAACAAUGUACUGCACCUGUGGCCCUACACCAUCCAUGACCUGCGUGGGCUUGGUGCCAAAAAGUUCUACGGCAAAUUCUGCGCCGGAGCGAUAGACCACAUCAGCAUCCGCCAGCUGCAGCUCAUCCUGCUGAAGGUGUGCCUGCUCAUCGCCGUGGAGGUCCACGUCAACGUGGAGUUCAUCGGACUCCGAGAGCCGCCGGAACACCUGGACCGAGAGGGGCCUGGCUGGAGGGCGGAAAUCCGACCUGCGGGUCACCGCGUGUCAGACUUCAGCUUCGACGUGCUGGUGGGUGCCAGUGGACACAAAGAGACUCUAGAAGGUUUUAGGAGGAAGGAGUUCCGCGGGAAGCUGGCCAUCGCCAUCACUGCCAACUUCAUCAACAGGAACACCACGGCUGAAGCCAAGGUGGAGGAGAUCAGUGGCGUGGCUUUCAUCUUCAACCAGAAGUUCUUUCUGGACCUGAAGGAUGAAAUGGGUAUCGACCUAGAGAACAUUGUCUACUACAAGGACAACACCCACUACUUUGUAAUGACGGCCAAGAAGCAAAGCCUGCUAGAUAAGGGCGUCAUCCUACACGAUCACAUGGACACCGAGAUGCUCCUGAGCGGGGAGAACGUGGACCAGGAGGCCCUGCAGUCUUACGCCCGCGAAGCCGCCGACUACGGCACCAACUACCAGCUGCCCUCGCUGGACUUCGCCACCAAUCACCACGGGCAGCCAGACGUCGCCAUGUUCGACUUCACCUGCAUGUACGCCUCGGAGAACGCGGCGCUGGUGCGGCAGAGUGGUGGCCGCGGGCUGCUGGUGGCACUGGUGGGGGACAGCCUACUGGAGCCCUUCUGGCCAAUGGGCACGGGCUGUGCCCGUGGCUUUCUGGCCGCCUUCGACACGGCCUGGAUGGUGAGGGGUUGGGCGGAGGAGCGGGCACCCCUGGAGCUCCUGGCUGAGAGGGAGAGUCUUUACAGGUUACUGCCCCAGACAACCCCUGAGAACAUCACCAAGAACUUUGAGCAGUACACCAUCGACCCAGCCAGCCGGUACCCCAACCUGAGCACCACCUGCGUCCGGCUGCAUCAGGUGUGCCAUCUGCUUAUCGAUGGGAAAUCGCAGCCCUGCCGCGUUCAGCGUUCUGAGUCACUGCGCCGGUCUGUUAAGGAGUCUCAGCGCGAGUCUGAGAUCCGGACCGGGCAGCUGCUGAGCUGGUGCCAGGCACAGACCCGGGGCUACCCGCAUGUGGAUGUGUCGGACUUGGCCACAUCCUGGACAAGCGGCCUGGCACUUUGUGCCCUCAUUCACCGGUUCCGGCCCGAUCUCCUGGACUACAGCACCCUAAACCCUCGAGACUCGGCCAGGAACAACCAGAUAGCCUUCGAUGUCGCCGAAUGCGAGUUCGGCAUCCCACCACUGACCACAGGCGCCAAGAUGGCGGCCAACCUGAAGCCGGACGAGCUCAGCUUGGUCAUGUAUCUGUCUCAGCUCUAUGAUGUGCUCCAGAGCGCCCCCUCUUCUGUCUCAGUUCCUCAGAAAGAAAAGGAUGAGAACAGCAAGGAACGUUCAAACUCCUGUUUGAUCCCGAUGGCGCCGAAGAAGCGAAUGCCAAAGGAGCAGCAGAAGUCUGAGGACAAUGAGUCCAUGUACAAAAGGAGACGGAGGGCUCGUUUGGAGGAGGUGACCAACUUGUCCAUUCAGAGGUCGUCCUCUGGGAUCAAGGGUGCUGAUCUCCAGGAGAACAAGGUCAGGUUCAUGGCCACCCAGCUGGAGGCCAGGCUCGAGGAGAACGCCCCCAGCUCUUUGGUCCGGAGGCAGGCCUCCUUGCGUAUAGCCCCGCCCACCCCACUGAGGGGGAGUGACACGUGCUACGUCUGUAGCCGCCGUGUUUACGCCAUGGAGCGGCUGGGCGCCGAAUCGCUCUUCCUCCACCGCGACUGCUUCCGCUGCUCCGUCUGUAACUCCGCCCUGUGUCUGGGGAGUCAUGUCUUCAGCGUGGAGCAAGGCAAGUUCUACUGUAAGACUCACUUUGCACAACAGAAAGCAAACAGUGGCCAAAGAGAGAAGAUGUCUGCCUCGUGGAAGGUGUUCCCAGGAGGGUCCAGCACAGGCAGCCAGCACAGCCCUCUUCCAGGCAGGUACUGUGCUGCUGGCCAGAUUGAUGGGGCCACCCAGCUCCCCAGAGACAGGAGACACCUCCAACAGCAGCACGACCAGACGGACACCUCAGUGGGGGUCUCCCAGUAUUGGAUGAGUCCCAGCAGUCCUCCAAGCUUUAAGACACCCAGAGAUCCCACCCUGCACAAGACCAACCACUGGAGAGGGAAGACCAGAGCCGCAUUCCCACACAUCCCAGUGACAGUGCCAUCUCUCAGCAACACUGGCACGGAGAAGGCACCCCUUGCCCUGGGCUCACCUUCUGGGGAGGAGUCAGCAGGGAUGCCCAGUGUAGCCAUCGCUCCUUUAGAGGGUGCCAUGAAUCAGGCAGACCAUGCUGAUCAAAACUACACCCUCAGAGAGCUGCUCAUAUCUCAAGAGCCAAUAGGGGAGUACUUGGAGGCUGCAGAGAUGGGGACAAAUAAGCCAACCCUCUCCCCAUCUGAAAAACGACGCUUGAUAAAGUGGGACUUGGGAGAUCCUAUGGCUCAGGCUACCCCCCCAGCCAGUGCACCCCCAUGCAACACCCCAGCUGAAGGCUUGGCAGCAGCUGACCGGCGCCCUCAGGAGGGCCUUUAGGGGAGCACACAACCCUGAGCACCACCCAAAGAUCAGGCCUCAAUCUUUGGGACCCUUCAACUUUAGCUCCUUGUUUGAUAGCCCGUCCCAACAGGCUCCGACCACCUCCCAUAACACAAACCCACCCGCAUCUAAAUCCCACCCCUCUGCCUUUUCGGACGGCAUCAGAACUACCAGCACAGAACCCAGCGGUCCUGAGGGUGUGGACCUGUCUCAGCUUCAGAAGCAGGUGCCAGGGAGAUCCCAACUCCCAGAGGGCUACAAGGAUGACCUCUUCUCACUGCCCCCCCCCCCCCGAAGCUGGACCACUUCUCCUCCCUGAGGGUGAAGAGAAGUGAAGAGAGGGGGGUGGUGAGAAAUCUGGGCCAGGACACCUGCACAAUCCUCUCCAACCUGAAGAAGAAAGCCUCGUCCCAUAAACACCAUGAACCCAGUGGAUCUGGUUCAUCCAGUGAGGAGGAGGACGACCUCUUCAGGCAGGAGGGUCCCAGUGAGAGACAGAGGAGGAAACAGGAGAAGGUUGUGAAGCAGGUGGCCAGGCAGGAGCAACUGAGGAGGCUCCGCAGAGCUCAGAUGGGCAGCUAGCAGGUGAAGGGUGAUGCAGGUGGAGAUGCAGAUGUGCUCCAGGCCCCCAGCUGUGGAGCAUCAGGCUGGGCACCUGUAACUGAGACCCUGCCAAGCAAACCUAUGCUGCCUCGUUCCUGCUGCCUGGGUCAUAGACAGGAGGGCAGGAGUUUGAUAGCAUUGCCAUCCUGAGCAUGGUGUUGUCCUGCUGCUGCAAGCUCAGGUGAUCCAAAGGCAGCUGGAGGAAGUGGUGGAGAAGCUGAGGGAAAAGAGUGUCACCCUGGAGAAGUACCUGAGAGGAGAGACAGAUGGCGUCAGUGGUGACACGUCCCACAAGCUGCAGGCCUGGUUCAGGCUGGUCCUGGAGAAGAGCAAGCUGGCGCGGUACGAAUCGGACCUUGUGACCUUGUAAGUGUGACUGUGAGCAGUUCUGGAUAAUGAUGUGACAGCGGUUUAUGGAGUGCAGCAAACAUGUUACUAACCCUAACCCAUGUCAGUGCAGGUUUGUAGAAUACAGGUUAGAUAUGGCUAACAAUAACACCGACUCACUUCUGAAGGGGUUUCUGGGGUGUAGAUUACAUUUGGCCUGUGGACAAAAUGUUCAUCAUCACUAUCCAUGGUCAUUAUUUUCUUCAUAUUGCUUCUUCUGGUGAUGGUCACAAUGGUUUCAACAUGCUCAGUACCCACAAAUCAGUACUCUAUCUCACUCUACCUCACCCCACCUCACUUCAUCUUACUCCACCUCACUUCAGCUCACUCCACCUCACUUCAGCUCACUCCACCUCUCUACCUCACCACACUUCACUCCACCACACCCCCACAUCACUGCACCUCCCUACCUCACCCCACCUCACUUCAUCUCACUCCACCUCACUUCAUCUUACUCCACCUCAGCUCACCCCACCUCACUUCAGCUCACUCCGCCUCACUUCAUCUUACUCCACCUCACUCCGCCUCACUCCAUCUCACCCCACCUCACUUCACAACUCCACCUCACUCAACCUCGUUGCACCUUAGUGAUCAUCUUCUUAAACUCAUAUUCCCUCUGUCCUUGGCCAGAAAACCCAGACACUAAAUUUUGUUUUUUAAAAUUAGGAUGAAUAGGAGUCCUACCGUUAAUCUGUUGAUCUGUUAAUAAUUAAACUUUAUUCAGUGUUCAUGUAAUUUAGCAUCAUGGAGCCUGUCCCAGUGGCAUGUCAGGACAACACAGGACCACAGGGCACACACUCAUGCACCUAGCAAUAGAGACACCAACCCACAUAAACCACCUUUGGAAAGAAACCCACAAAAAUGCAGGGAGCACUUGAAGCUCCGCAUAUUCACAGAGCCCAGGCUGGAGACAAACCCACAAGCCUGCAGAUCAGAGACUACAGCGGUACAGCGAAGCAACCACACCACCCGCGGGUCAUAUAAACAAGAUUUAAUAUCACUGACAAUCCUGAAGAAACCUGUUCCUUACUAAGUGUUAAUAAGUUACCCGUCUGUGUGCCAGUGCCCAGGAGUUGGAACUGGAAGACAUUCAGAGCCAGCUUCAACAGGAGCUACGCCGGAGGAUGCUCCUUGGUGGUCAGAGAGCCCUCUAUAUAUGCAAUGCAUGCUGGGAUCGAUAAGAGGAACUCUGCAGUAUAAAUAUACCGGCUGCCUACAGUUAUUAUAAAAAUAGGGAGAAACAGCCUGAUUGUAGUGUAGUGGAAAUGCUCUUUCAGUGCUGUCUGUUUGGCCAAUAACGAAUAGAAGGAGGUAGAUUCAAUGUCUGACAUUAAACGGAGGAUGUCACUGUGACAUGGAUGGUAGCCGGCUAUGACUGACUGACAUGGUUAUAUUCCAACAUGUGCUCCCCACCCCUCUGCAGAUUCCUGGAAGAGCCCUUGUGAGUGGUGGACAAGAGGGACACGCUGGUGGUUCUCAUUGAGGAGCGACGGCUGAAAUAGAGGGCUGAGGAACAGGACCUGGAGAGCCGGCUGCUGGGGGGGUAUCAGCUUCGCUGGGCGUGAGUGGCCUCACCUGGCCAGCAGGCCUGACAAUGAUCACCCAGACCCAGCCAGCGGACCUGGAGAUGAUCACCCACACCCAGCCAGCAGACCUGGAGAUGAUCACCCACACCCAGCCAGCGGACCAGGGGAUGAUCACCCACACCCAGCCAGCGGGCCUGGAGAUGAUCACCCACACCCAACCAGCGGACCUGGAGAUGAUCACCCACACCCAGCCAGCGGACCUGGAUAUGAUCACCCACACCCACCCAGCAGGCCUGGAGAUGAUCACCCACACCCAGCCAGCGGACCAGGGGAUGAUCACCCACACCCAGCCAGCGGGCCUGGAGAUGAUCAUUAUGUACUAUUAUACAGGUCCUCAGAAACCUUAACUUCCUCCAGACCGUACAGUACAUUGGUGCUUAUUUGCUACACUGUGCAAAAUACAUCACUGGUCUUCAUUCCUUUGAGGUAAUUGGUCUUAAUACAGUAGAGCCUUGGAACUCGAACCCCCCUUAACUCGACCAACGCGGACAUCGAACAGGUCUGUUGAAUUUUUUUUUACUUAUACCUCAACCUAAAUCUUGGAACUCGACUGUUCCUGCUAAAACUUGUAUGGGUCAAUACGCGUUCAGCUCUACCAAUUAGGACAUUGAAUGGGUCAGUUGAGAAAAUUCUUACCGCAACUCGACCAAAAACUUAGAACACGAUAAAAUAAAACAGACCUGCUAAAACUUAUACAGAUCGAGACGCGUCUCUGAUGGACUGACACAAAGGCAAACGGACCUACUGGGAUGCUGAUGCAUAUGAAUUUCUCUCAGUUUUGCAGUACCUCUCAACUGAAUUCGACAUGCGAAAGUUGUGUCCCUGUGUUCAAUGUGAAUUUUUUGUGCUUUAUCUACAGUACAUUUAGUGAUACAGUAAUCAUGGCCCCUAAGAAAGUGAGCAGUGAUAGCAGCAAACCAAAGUGGAAAGUAAUGAGAGUAAUUGGAACUUUAAAAGGAAAUUAUAGCGAGACUUGAAGGUGGUGCACGUACUGUAUGGGAUUGUCAUUUAUUUUAUGUUUAUUGCUUUUUUCCUGUGAUUUUCCUGUGUGUAUUAGUUUUAUAAUGAUUGUUAAUGCUUUUUAUCAUUAGGUAGGUAGUCAGAUAAAUUAAAAUAGGCAAACAUUUGGAGGGUCUGGAACAGACUAAAUUAAUUUACUUUAUAUUAAAUGGGGAAAUUCGACUUGGGCCUUAACCAAAUUGCAACUUGACCAGCCUUCUGAAAUGAAUUAAGUUUCAAUGUACCACUGUAAUUUCUUAGUCUUAAUUAAACUCCAUUUAUAAUUGUAGUAUUGUUAGUGCUGCUAAGGUCUUGGUGACCAGUGAUCUGUAGCUCCUGACUGAUUUAUGUUUGUUGUUUAAGAGCAGCUGUAAGGCGUCUGCUCUGAAUGACAUCUCACAUGAGGGUUCAGGAGACCAUUUCCAUGCUCAUGCUUCCAUGGCUGUGAAAACAUGCUUUUUGUAUCCUCACAAUAAAAUGUUUUCAUGUUCAUGCCAA